AUGCGACGGUCAUUGACGGCCUGCGACAGGCAGGGCAGCUUUCUCAUGUCGCCCUCCCUGAUGGCAAGCGGAAUCCAGCCCUUCGUUGCUCUGCUGUCGGAUGUGCGCCUCCAGUUGUCCCUGUCCAGAGACGUGAGAGCCACAACGUCCUCUUUCUAGCGGACAAUUUGGUGGACGACUGGAGCCAUUCUCUGUUCCUGUCGGUUCCGCAGCUUGUCUAAAGAGGAACGAAAUUUCCAGGCUGUCAGGGUAAACAGUGCCACCCUAGCGGCUUUUGGGUAGGCUCGUAGAUGAAGAAGUGGUAAUUAUUGAUGUGCAUUUUGUUUUGACGGGAUUUUUUGACUCUGCAAACCAUGAUUAGAUCGUCAACGGCGUGUUUUAACAGUAGAUUUUAGGACACUUUUCAGACCCCCUCCCCCGUUAUAACUAGAAAAUACUGAAGGGUAGAGAAUUAUUUUGCAGCCUUUACGUUCGGCGAAGUUAUCCUUCAUUAGGCCGCUAUUCAAAGAACGGAAUUCUCAUGAUGGUUAUUGUUUGAAUCGUUAAAGUAUCUCAGAUCUCCAAGGAGUCUAUGGCUCUUGGAAGAUUUCGGCCAAUUUCUAUACUAGACGCUUAUGUCGAAUUGGGACUCCAAAAUUGUUUGCAUACUCGUGUGUGGAUACCCUGUUCGGUCAUAGACAAUCCAUUAGUUUCAUGUCCAAGUUGGCCAAUUUGCAAAUAUCUAUGAAAGGUGGUUUGAAAGAUUUUAACCUUGAAUUUAUAACGUCUCCCUUCUGUCCGAUUCUGCCUAAUAAUCACUCAGAUUGUUAUUGACAGAUUCGGAGGAGGUUGUGUGUUUAUUUAAAGGUUAGGUAACCUUUGCUUGAAGUACUGAUUUUGUAAGCCUGUAUUAAUACGGUUUUUGCGUAGUUGACAAAGUAUGGCUUACUUAGUUUUUGACUAGAACUUCCGUUUUUUAGUGUGCGGCAGUUAUGGUAAUAUUUCUGUUCAUGUGCAAAUUGCAACUGGGAUAUUUGUAGCUUAUUUUCGUCCUUUUUCAUACGUUUCAGUCAAAUAAGUACAUCUAUGUUUCUUAACUUUCGAGGUUUACAUUGCAUCAUUUUGCAUUAGCCGGAUCCGGACAUCACCCUUUUGGGUUUGAAGUCUCGUCUGUGGUCGCUUGCCACCAAAGAGGCCUUUUACGAUCAACUGGGACCGCCGGCGGAGUAUAUAUUUAAAGGUGUCAACAGUUCGGCAGAGGAAGAAGAACUGUAUGAUGAGAACCUCACCUUCUCCUCUCUCGACCUCAUGCUACCGGUCGUCCGCCUGGAGAAAACAGCGGAUGAUAGUAAGGUUGUCGCCUUGAACACCAAGAACGCAAUGAUUGCAAGGUGCGCUACCCAUGACAUACUAUUCACUGCAACUCAAGAAAAUCUUCAUGUACUUUCUUUGUCAGUACCACCUCUUCAUGUUUGAUUGCUGGUUUUAUGCGACCCCAUAACCACACGUCUCCCCACCAGCCAUACACCGCAGACGAACCCACCCUACAACACCCACGCACGAACAGAACAUGUCCAGCUCACAUCACUGGGAAGCAUGUUUUUUGGCGCAACCUGGUGCCUGAUCAUGGUGUGUGUGUGUGUGCGUGAUACACUAAGACGGGUUGUUGCAGCUUUUGAAGAAGGAGACACGAUCGCCUGACGUUUCGGAUUUCUGCUCGAACCCAUUAUCAGAGACAGUAGCAGAUACGGGUGGUCCAUGCACAAGGGGCUGCAGUAUUUAUAGGAUACAGUCGCCAUGCUACUGCACACCUAUGAAUAUUCACGAUUUCCACCUUCAUCAGGGAUCGUUGGACUUGGUAUGAUGACCGUUUGAUGGCUGACAUUCUCUUCGUUAAUUGCUGCAAUUACAUCACGUUUGUUGGAUGUUGGUGUGAAGAUUGCUCGACCAUCUGCCCCAACAACCCUGGCGUUGGGAAAGGUGUUCACCUGUGCGCCCCCCGCGUGCCUAAUUACUCCGCCUAGGCAAAGUCUCAGCACCGAGUACGGAAGGGGAAGGUCAUUGCACUUGUUAAUGGACUGAGGGCCAGCAAACCAUGACUCAAGCAGCUCCGGGCUCACGCGGUUGUCAACUCUAGCGAGAAUUUCGGCCUCCUCGAACUUGAAUGUGUGACCGGAUGUCGUCGAAUGAACCGCAACGUGAGAGCUAGCGUCAUUUCUCCGCACUGCUGCAGCGUGUUCGGCCAUUCGCGUUCAGAGCUGUCUUCCGGUUUCUCCGACGUAGUUGCUUUGUCCUCAACUGCACCAGAUCCGAUAAACGACUCCAGACGUUCCUUGUCGUGGCAGUGGGUCUUUCGGCUUCAUUAACCGACGUCUGAUGAUUGUCUUCGGUCUGCAUGCUACUCCAACCCCAAGUGGUGCGAGAAGGCGACCGACAGCUUCCAAAACGUUCUUGACAUACGGAAGCGUUCGCCAAAAUUUGGUGUCCGUGCGGUUUGACCUUUCGUCCCUUUUGCGUAUGCACCGGUCGACGAAGUUGCGCGGGUAGCCAUUGGCUUUCAAGACCCGCCGGAGGUAUUUUAGUUCGGCAAUUUUGUCUUCCGGCUCACUGCAGUGCGUUUCGACACGCCGAUAGAGCGUCCUUACACAACUGCGCUUGUGGCUGAUUGGGUGGUUACUGUUGAACUUCAGUACUUGCAUCGUAUUUGUCGCUUUCCUGAACACUUUGGCUUUUAGUUCACCACAAUCUUUGCGGCAUACGAGGACAUCCAGGAAAGCCAGCUGGUUGUUCUCUUCCUCCUCCAUCGUAAAUUGAAUGUCUGGGAUGACCGCAUUCAGGUGUUCCUUGAAUGUCAGCAGGUGGUCACGGUCGAUAACGGCGAAGGUAUCAUCCACAUACCGGGCCCUGAAUUUCGGUCUGUGGUGCUGGAAGACCAGCGAUUCUAACCGUUGCAGGACUGCCUCGGCGAUGAAUCCCGAAAUCGGCGAACCCAUUGGUGUGUCCUUCACCUGUUCGUAGAUUGUCCCGUUGAACGUGAAGUACGUCCUGAGACAGAGCUUCAGGAGCUGAAGGAUUUGGGCGUGUCCAAGACGGUUCUCCGUUUCAUCGUAUUUGCUUUGUAGUAGCAGCUCAAUUGUCUCGAUCGCCAGGUCCUGGGAAACAGAAGUAAAAGGGACGUGGUAUCAAAAGAUAUCAUGACCUCAUUUGGAUGGAUGCUUACCCCUUUGAGUUUCUCCAGGAAUUGUGCUGACGAAGAGACCGUGGUGUCUGACUCAGCGGUCAGGAACUUGAGACGCCGGAACAGCCACUUAGCCAGUCCGUACGUUAGAGUACCUUUGAGCGACACGAUGGGUCGGAAAGGAGCGCGGUCUUUGUGCACCUUAGGGAGGCCAUAGAAUCGGACCAAAGCCGUAUCUUGGGGUCUCGCCAUGCGUCUGUCGGUCGGUGUUUUCGCACCUGAGUUCUCCGAGGCCGACAACGUGGCAUUAAUAUCGCGUGUCAGCGUUUUUACAGGGUUCGUUGCACAUGGAGCAUAGAACUGUCGGUCCUCCAGUGAACCUUUGGCUUUUUAAAGGUAGUCUGUCCUGUCCAGUACAACUGUGGCGCGUCCUUUGUCCGCUGGCACGAUGACCAGGUCUUUGUCGGCCUUGAGUUCUCUAAGCGCAUUACGUUUGACCUUGGAAAGCACCUCCCGCGGCCUGUGGGCCAUCAGGAGAGACGACACUUGGUGUCGGAUGAGGUUCUUAGUCUCCUCCGUUGCCUCCGUCUGACAAAGGAUUGAUUCCACUGCUGCAAUCAUGUUAACAGGUUUGGCGUCAGCCGUGUUAAAUGAAGCUUCGUGCCGUAAAACCUGCAUCUGAUCCUUCGUCAGCCCCUUUGACGACAAGUUGUGCACCAGUUUGUCGUUUCUGGGCGACGUUGGGUUGGGCAGCUUUCGGAAUUCGUUCUUCAGUGCUGCGUCACGGGCUUGUUCAGUCGCCCUCUGAAGGAGCAGAUUUGUACCGAUCUCACCCCUGAACCCACAGCAUCUGGUCUUUUCUUGGUCAAUCCCUUGACGGUACUUGCGAAGUCUCGCGUGGCAGUCUUGGAGGAGCACUCGGAUCCUCCUUCUGCCGUGCUGAAAUACUGCUCGUCUCGCCAAAUCCAUGUUAACAGGCAGCUUGUAUGAAAUACACUUCGGUAACACAUUAUUGUCGAGACACCUGUGCAGAAACCGGAUCUCUGCAUAAGUGGAGGCCUCCCGAAGGGCGAAGGUUUCCCAUCGCCGGGUCGAUCGGAGCGCAUCGCGCUCAAAUACAUUGCCAAAAGAAGCGUAGAGACGAGUCCCAGGAAGCAGUCUUGAAGAAGCAGACACUAUCGCUGGGAGAAGAGCUUGUUUAUCCAGACGUUUCGGAUUCCUGCUCGAACCCAUCAUCAGAGACAAAAGCAGAUACGGGUGGUUCAUGCACAAGGGGCGGCAGUCUCUUCUGAUUUCUUCGCUUCUAUUGUUGCAUCUCUGUUAGCCAUUGGGUCCAACCCUUGCGUCAGGUGACUGACCAGCUCGGACAGUGGACUGGUGCAUGGGUGAGGGAAGAGAGUGGGGUUGACCUUAGGAACUCCUUCCACAACACAUCAGCCCACUCUUCACUAUGAUAAAUCUGACGCGCUUCGGUACUAUAACGAAGGCCACCAUCUGACCGGAUAACUCAGUCCUCGUGGCCAGUAUUGUGUGUAUAUGUGGGGUGAAUGAUUCGGGUGUUGGGAGUCAGGUUCAGUGGCUCCUUACCGUGGCCGCAAUGACAUUCGCACCAACGUGAGAUCCGAGUUCCCCCUUCCGUGUCAACCUAGCAUAUUGAUUAGGGGUAGGUCGUUUGGGGCACGCGUAGACGGGCUGUUUAGCUUUGUCAGCAACUGCGCUCGAGCCAACUUCCGGUUGUCUUGACAUUGUCUUACCAUCGAAGUCUGGUGGGUGAGGGAAAAAAGUGCGCGCUAUGUGCUGCGGAAGUCCACCUCUCCAUAAACUGAUUCGCGCUCAAAUCCCUGCUGCUGUGCCCACUGGUGUGACAUACAAUAGACACCUUCGUCGGCGACGGUUGAACUCUCGAGCGACCGCAUGUAAUGUGCCGGAUCAGAAUUCUAAGGCAAAAUGGAACAUCGAUAUUCUACCCUGUGACCAGUCUUCAUCGGCGAAUGUCACUUCGAAAACAGUUUGAGUACUCCUGGUAGUAGUCGUCAGAGCGUGAGCGCGUGACUCAACUAAUGGAUUCUUAAGCACAAACAUCGAGCGGGUUGGGUUGUAUAUAUAAAGUCUGGUUAUGGUUGGCCAACGAGAAGGUACCUUCGGUCCCCAUAGUCUUUCCUUGUAAUAUUUGCUCAUCGUUGUGCUGAUGCUGCAGUGAGUAUAGAUCGCAUCUCCAGGCCAAAAUGGAACGCCUAUCUCGUCCUAUGAUAGGGAUAGAUGGGUACGCUUUACUGUGCAUAGUUUAGUAUUCUCAGGUCUUGCUUUUCAUGUUUGCACGUUUAAAAUUUUUAGCAUAUCCAUCCAGGGCUGAAAAAACUAAACCGCCCGUCUAUGCGUACCACACAUGACCUGGCUCUCAUUGAAUGUACUAGGAUUUGGUGGGCUCGGCUCGGAUCUCACAUGCACGAGAGUACCAUAACAGCAAAAUCAGGAAGGAACUCUUGCAGCCCGAUUCUCAGUCCGUCAGUCACUCCAAAAUACUCCCAUGGAAACGGUGUUAUCCCGUCACUUGUCAACGUUCCUAGCCACAACACUUAGCACACCGUGAUUGAUUCGGGCGCUUUAUAUUAAAGAAAGGAACGCGCGAUUGGCCGUGAGUAUAGCUUUUUUAGCGUUAGUCGUACUCACUCUUCCUGCUUCCAUGCACCUGUCGGAUGUCCGAGCCUAUCGAAGAAUGGUGAUUGGAUUCGGCACAGUGGUUUGCAGAUCUGAACAACCCGUCCUCGUGUGCGACACACGAUCUGGACCUCACCGCAUGUAACAGGCUAUAUAAAAGGACAUGCGUCCCAUGUGAGAUGCGUAUGUAUUGACGUGAGACGCAUCGCCGGCCAUAACGGCGUUGGGAAAGUUGGUCGCAUGCUUGCUAUAAGAAAGUUGCCUGAUGUUACGUGAGUGGCGUGUAUGUGAAUGUUGUGGAGUAAGUCCAUGGGUAGCCUGAGAGUGCGUGUGUGAGGAGGCAAGGGGAGGUGUGGUGAUGUGCUCUGACCUACGGCGUUUUAUCGGAGAUUUUCACGGUAACUCAUAUGGCCGAAUAGACCCAUGUGAUGGCCGAAUUUCCUGGGACUGUGUGCGAGGUGAGACAGGAGCGAUGGGUGUAUCUGAGGGCUUUUGGUGCUGGUUUGCCGGUUUAAGUGCGGUGAUCAAUCAGACCGAUGCGCGGUCCAAAUGACGCUGUUACAGUAAAGUCAGGAUGGGAUUGUGGGCACUUUGCUGGUGGUGGUUACGCUGCUAGUCGGGUUAUUAUUGCUGGUGUUGGAUUUUUCGGGUGUAGGUAGGUUUCUCCUGAUAUCGUGGCAAGUCACGCUGCCAUGUAUGCGCUUAUGAUUGAAGAGACUCAUACAGUGUCUGGAUGUCCGGGGGCAGUGUGGGGAGGUGACGGAUGUGUGUCGAUCCUCCGGACACUAGCCAGUCGGCCUCAAAGCGGCGGAUUCGCAGGUGACUGACUGAUGCGUGAUUCAAAUGUGCGGCCACAGUAAGGACAUGUUGUGAUUGAGUAAACAUUGGUGGUGGCAGGGAGCGAUGGGGGUAAGGUUUUGCAGAAGGAUAGGAGUGUUUCAGCUGAUGAUGACAAUAGCGGUGUGUUGGUAAAUUAUAUGCGGGUUGUUGGUGUUACCAUUACACAAUGUGUGGAGAUGUCCGAUGAGGUUGAUUCAUGCUCGGAUCGUCUGUCGAUAGUGCGGACACGAUUGCAGGGCCUGGGUGCUUACGUCAUUGGCCCAUAUUAGUUGAUUCUUGCAGACCUCUCUUUGCCUUGGCAAAGGCUAUUCGAUUGGUUUCGAAGAUUGAUACGCUAGUCUUUGCGGCAAUGCACCACAUCUGCCAAUUUUAAGCGAGGUUCUCCCAGGUCUCCGGGUCAAUUUGCUGGUGCUUAAGGGAGGUCUCCAAGGCUUCCUUGUAGCGAUACUUUUGUGUACUUCGCCUACGAGCACCCGUAUCGAUUUUGCCGUGGAAUAGUCGUUUGAACAGUCGCUCGUCACCCACUCUCAUGUUGUGACUGCUUCAUCACCGUUGUAUCUGCCUCAGUUUGGCGUGGAUGCUGACGAAACUAGUUCCUUAUAGGAUCUCUGUCGGAGAUUUUUUCCUGCCACUUCACCUUCAGUAUUCUUCGAAGGCAGCUCAGACGGAAAUUAUUGCGUCCUCUUGCUCGGCUUCCAUACAUAUUCCACGUCUUCGCCCCGUACAGUGUUGCCAUGACAACAUCCUUAUAUAUCCCCAGUUUUGUGCUGAGUAGGGUGUCGCGACAGUUCCAUGCGGAGAGUUUUAGCUGACCGACGGCCAGUCUGGGUUUGGAGAUCCAAUUUAAUAUUUUGUCAUUGAUCUUGAUAUCUCUUGAAAUUGCUCUUUCACGGUACGCGAAUUUGUCCACUGGUGUGAGGCGAGUACCAUUGACAUUAUAAGGUGCGGUUUAGUCAGUAUUUGACGCAGGUUGGUGCAUAGCCACUGUCUUCUCCGUGCUGGCGGUCAGAUCGAAGCUGGAGCACCUAGAGGUGAACGGGUCCGCACUCCGCUGUGUUCUCUUCCGUUGGGGUGUUUGACGCAGAGUCAUCCACAAACAAUGGAUCGUGGACGGUGGCCUUGGGUACUUUCGAAAUGCUUGCAUGAGACAGAUUUCGAGCAGUUUUCCGUCGGUUCGUUAUUCGACGUCAAUCUCCGGCCGCCUCUCAUAGUUGGCGUCCAUGCCAUAACGAUGUAAGUGAGACAUAGCAGGGUGAGAGCGAGUACGCGGACCUGUUUCAUCCAAUUUACACCGCGAGUACUGGGGAGGCUUCUUCACUGUUCGUGACGCUUGCCGUCAUACUAUCGCGCAGUUGUCAUCAUUUGUUUGGACUGCCCGGGACGCCCGGAUUCCACCAUGAUUCUCUAGGGUCCGUCACGAUUUGCGGAGUCGGAGACCUCCGUCAGAUCGACGAAGAUGUUGUUGAGGUGGGUCCUCAUUUCCUGGCAUUUUCCCGCAGUUAGCGGGCCACAAAAAUCAUGUCAGUGUUUCCGCGUAGUGUUCGGAAUUGACAGUAUGUUUCCGAAACCAUUUCCUGCUCCAGAUUCCUGUUCAGGCGAUUGAGUGAAACAUGGGCUAAAAUUUUUCCUGCGGUGCUGGGAAGGGAGAUGGCUCUGCGGUUAUCACAUACAUGCCGAUUCCCCAUGUUACACAUGCCACGUAUGUAUUUAAAACGCAGAUUUUGUUCUGUUAAUGUAAAUUUUUUGGGAAAUUUGAUUUUCUGUAGAACUUCAUGACUGGCGUCUUGUCGCUCAUCUUCAAAAAACUUUCCUUUAAGUUUGUAGGUAUAAUCGACUAACUAAGAGCAGGGUACCUUCGGUAGUUUUUGCCAUUUCUUACGCGGCUGAUAAAAUCCUCAGUGACGAGUUAUCAUACCAUGAUAUAUGAAUUAGUCCAAUAUUCGUCCUGCACUCGCGACAGUUGCAACCCGAUCGCUUAAUUCUUUUAUUUUUGAGGGCAGAUUUUUUCCUCUCCCCAUCAUGUGCCAGUGGCAAGUCCGGGUCUAGCCACUUGAAAAUAGAUUUGGGCGCCUUCACCUUAUGCGUGCUGCACCCACUCCUCUCCUGUUUGGAUCUGGCGCAGUAGUGAAGUCCUUUUUUAGGGCCCAUGCUUACAUCACACACAUGAAUACACUCUUCGCAGACAGCGCACAGGUCCCCGGCCUUUCCACUAGUCGGUAGUUAUUUUAACAGAGGUAGCCAUGCAUCUAACUUUUUAGCUUAUCGGAGCAGGUGAGCUCCCGACGCCUGGCAGUAAAUGAUAGCAAAAAGGCGACCUUGAUCAAGCGGGCGGUUACAGAGGUGUACUAGGUCUACUAAAGAAGUCUUUCAGCCGGUCUUACUCCCAAGCAACACACUAACCGCACCCUCAGUUUUUAAUGCGUCUGUUUGUCUGCGUUUUAUAUUUUUCCGUUUUUUUCUUCUUCUGGUCUAUAGACACCUGUCCAUGAUCCGUGCCACCGUGUGCUGGACCUUUUUUGCCUCGAGACCCCAAAGAGAUAUCAUCCAACACUUCAAAACCUUUUCAUCUCUCGUAUUGCAGUUUUUUAAACUCGUAGCUGUCUGCCGGCUAUCGCGUUUUAAAAUGUCUCUGGUUUUUAGGUGCUCCACCAUCUGCCAGACGGACCUAAGGGCAGCCGAGGAGGCCAGUGCUGAGGUCUCCUGGGCCCGCAAGAGCCUUCUCAGAAUAGCGGAGACCAACUCACGGGAGUUGGAGAUCGGUGGUAGCGUUGCGAUUGCCCGCUAUCUAACAGCUGCCACUCAACAGCCAAAGCUGACCGUCUCCCUUAAACGAUGUCUUCAGUCUCUGCGCCACCUUACAAUAGGUGCCUGGAUCCUCGAUAGUAGUGAUCCGCCACAACAGAGGCUUCUGACGUUGGAGUUGCCGAAGGAGGUCACUGUGGCAGGGGCUCUGAAGCACAUUAUUCAACAGCAGACCAGGCUGGUGAAGGGCGAUGUGUCAGCAGACGUGGAACACAACUUUGGUGCCAAGCUGGACCCAUCGAUGUAUCUACUUAAGAUCUGUUGCUCUCAGGUAGGAAAACAUGCAUAAAGAUUUAGUCGAAAAGCAAGGGGACUAGAAUGUCCAUUACAAACUUAUUUGUCGGCAUAGGCCAGUCAUACCCCAACCACGGGCUUGGAAGACCUAGGUUGGCAAUUGAAUCUAACUGUGAUCUGGGCCAUAAGCUCACGAUCUGUCGCCUGCUUUCAGUGAUACUGACAUGCACGGAUAAUGCCUAAUUGCGGACGAGUAACUGCUAAGUGCUACCAGCAAAAUAUUACACUAAGAUGGCAAUUUCUGCUGUAUUCGCCAUCGUCAGCCAGCCAUACCCCAACCCAGGGCUCUGGAAAUCUGAAAUUGGAAACAAAGUUUGCUCGGUCCGUGAGGUUAAGCUCAAUGACGGUCGAAUCAGAUGGCUAAACUUCAGCUUCAAGACGGAGCUCCGCAUUUCGUACCCCAAUUAGGCCAGAUUCGUAAACGUUCUUCCAUCACGAUCCUCACUUUUUAUACACUGCAGUUGAGUAUUUCUCCUUGAUGAUUAAACACAGGUUGAUGUUUAUAUUUUUACACCUCCAAACAGUUGCCCUCUUGUGGCAUACUAUUGUGCAAACCGUACCUUUUUCUUUUUUGUGUAUCGAUGGUUUUUCUUCGACAUUGUAGUCAGUAGGGAGUUUAAAGGCGUUCGCCUAUCUUUCCCUUAAUAAAACUGAGCUGACAGUUGCAACAACGCCCUUGUUUAGUUCCGCACUAUGUGAUGCGGCGUUGUCGCACAUUCUUUCACCGAAAGCUGACGAAAUACCUAUUUUCCGAUCUUUUGCCAAUCUCCAUAAAUGUAGGCGCACCAAAAUCCUCAUAAGACCAACUGAAAUAAGCUCCCAUCUCCCAGUUAACGCAUGUUUUCCUUCACACUUCGCUGCCUUUCCUUUAAGUUUGCUUCUUGGCCUUUUUUCAGAGACCGCACCUUUUCGGUCAAUGUACGCACCAUUUUUUCGAAUUCAGUCGACUUUCAUUUCUCUAUCUGCACGACUUGUAAAUACGUUUUCUGCCAAGCCCGUUCAUUUAGCGUAAAUUUAGCUCACGUUAAUCUUCCCAAACUGUGAAGGAGGGAUAACGAUACAGCGUAUUAGCCUUCUUCUUUGAUUUUGCCCAGGUCUAUCAAGUUUAUUCUGCUUGCAAUGUCCUUUGUAAUGCUUGUCAGCACAGUUUUUCUAAUAAGUUUCCCAGAACCAUCUUAUUUGAACGUGCUUAUAUUAUCCUCACAUGGCGAUGCUGCCACUGAUGUUUUUUUUCUUUCAGGAAUACCUGUAUGACUCAGAAAGUGUGCUCAUACACUACCUCUAUGUCCAAGAAUGUGUUGAGCGUGCCGAAGUUCCCAAACUGAGUCCCGUUCUACUCAAGGAUGUACUCGAAAGUUUGGACCUUCCUAUUCCACAAGAAGGUCUCAACACCGUCACCACGCCCACUGCGACAGAACCUCUCAGCAUUCUAGAUUUGGUGGACUUUGAAUUAUCGUCUUCUUCUGGUGAAGGUGUUGCUACUGGCGAUGUAAAGCCAGAGAGUCUGUGGAACUUACGAGACUACUUUGCCAUAAUUGUGCGUAGCGCCCACACACUUUCCAGCGGGAAUGGCGAGUCUUUCAACUGGACUCCACCUCCCCCUCCACUAGAACAGGCUUCAACUGGGAGACCCUCCGCAAGCCUGCAGACAUUCGGCAGGGUCGGUAGUACCCAAACGCUACGGACUGCUCUGACCAACACAGUAAGUUUUCGUCCGCCUACUCCCUAUUCAUCCUCCUUUCUCGCCUAUGCCAUAUUUUUAGUCCUUAUAUCUGCUCUUUCCUCCUAUCCGCCUUGAUCGUAUUCUUCAUGGUUACCGUUACGGUCCGCAUUAUCAUCGCUGUGGUACCGUAACUAUUGUUAUUGGGCAUCAUCACCACCAGCACCACCAACCGCACCAUAAUCAGUAGGGACGGUGGUGUAGUUACCUUUAAGGAAAAUUCAACCCACACUGUAAACGCAAGAAUCAAUGUUACCCUCCGCCGAAAAAUGCGGAUCCUAUUUUCCUAUGAUAACCAUACGUGCAAACUUCUCGUCACCGCUUAUUGUUGUGUCAGCAAUGCCCAAGCCCUAUUGGUACGACAAAUGAGUUCCCCGAGCAAAACCCACCGACUUAUUCCACUAACCUAAUUUCCACUAUUUCCUCUUUUACUAGAAUUCAGAGAGUCCGCCCGUCGUCUCUACUGUCCUUGACUCCGUCAGCCUCACCUCGCUGGGGACAUCUAGUAAAGACAUCGCAGCUGAAGUGAUAAUGACCAAUGAAUCGCCACCAACCUCUCUGGAUGGUUCCUGGGCCUCCGUGACCACUGCUUGCGGUGCAUCUACUAGUAUUACUGAACCUGGUACUCUGGCCUCUGCCCGCUGCAACCCGGCCACCGUCCUCUCCUCCGCUCAGUAUAGUUACAUGGUGCGGGUGGGGAUCUCUCAUGGUGGGCAGAUUCUUUUUGAGUACCAGGUAAUACUACCUAUUGUUUGAAUUCUGUACUCGUGAGUCCCAGUCGAUAAGUUUAAUUGAGACUGCAUCUAAGGUCCCCUUUGGAUGAAGUGCCCAUUUUGCUGCUGGUUGGGUAGGUCUUGUAAAAUUGUCUGCCGCAUAUAUAUAAAUAGCACGUAUUUUAUUAUUUAGACAACUCGUGACGUUCAGUCAUCCAUUUUAACCUGGAACCAACCCCUGAAUUUCCACCUUUUCUACGCUGACCUUCCUCUGGCAACUCGCGUAUGCGUCGUGCUUCUGCGAAUUAAGAAACGACCAGGACGGAUCGUGAGUUAAAACUGCCUAUGAGUAGGGUAUUUGUUAUCACCGCCUCGUUUUUCCUUAUACAGCCAGACGGUUAAUGGCAGAAGUCCUGGGGGUGCUGCAUUUGUCACCCGUUACUGCCUUUUUGACAAUUAUGUAAUGUUUGGGAUUUACACUUUUAUUUUAAAGCUAGAUGAACAACGGCGUCGGACCAAGGGUGGCUGCACUGAGCCCACUAGAGGAAUGCGCCCAAACUACCUUAGUCGUCCUUCUCGGAAGGCCCUCUCAAAGGAUCCCGUCGUUGGCUUAGUGGAGCCGGUUGGGCUAAAGAGUGCAAUCUUUUCGAACGACUAGAAGAGACCGUUGUAAACCGUAACUCACACAGUAAUGGAGCUGCAGGAAGGCCUGAUCAUCGGAAUGAUUUUUGCCUGCAUCAAAUUUAGUUUUAUUAUGCGCCACAGGAAAUUAUUGUAGACUAAACGAACGUUGUGGUACGGUCAACGAAGUCGACGGCCGUUAGCUGCUAAUGGUCAUGGUGGAAUUCAAGAAUGCGUCUGAGUGUAAAUAUCUGAUCUGCACAUCCACACUCGUCUCGAAACCUAGCUUGACUGGGUCUCAUCCUGGGGUUACACACACCCUGAAUAGAAACAGCGAAGACCUUCACAACAGCGCCGAUGAAGCAUAUGUUGCAGUAUUUCAGGCACCAUCCUAUCUACAUUCUUUAUUAAAGGCGCGGAGAUGUCCCAGAUCCAAUUAUCGGCAAUGAGCUGAUUGGUGGGCUGACUCAGUGCAGCACCUAGAUCUUUGGUGUUUACUGUUUGCUUCUAGGACUGUGCUUGUAAGGCGUAAAAUAAGUCGUUUUAGUGUCUUAUCGCUGGCGAUCGCAUCUGCUGGUGCGUUAGUUUAGGCUGUUUGGUUUUCACCACGUCCGUCUGCUUUGAGCAACACCCCCAUGACUUCAUGCUCCAUUCACCCCACCGCUGUUUGUACUUAGUACUCAUCACGUCCUUCUGUGUUGGCCAAUGACCCCUACCUCAGUUUUCAUGUUGUUUUGGUCCAUUUAGCAAUUGUGUCGGUUUAUGUUGUGGACGUAAGUCGGUGUUUUGGGUAAAGCCUCAAUGCUUCCUACUUCCUCUAAUUAUGCUGUUGGUGUUGUGGGUUUGCGCCCGGGCCUACCUCCGAUCGUCCUUUGUCAUUCCACCGAGCCCAGGUGAGUGAGGAAGGAGGGAGUGUGGCAGAUGCUGUGCAAGUAUGCUAUCACUAUAAACUAAUUCACACUCAAGUCACCAUUCUCCACCCACUACGCUGUAGGCACACGGUGGGCAUUUUCGCUUGCGACGGUCGGGCUAUCACGGGUUUGCACGUGUUUAGUACGUCUUUCUGGUAGAUUACGCACAUCAGGUUACCUACAGAUCUCUUUUGAGGUACACGAUGACCUUUUGCACACUGUAACCCAGGUGUGUCGUCAUCGUGUCACAGGCUCGAUAUUACCUGUCCGUUUAAUUUGUGGUUCUCCGCAAAAUAUGGUCAUAUGUGAAGGGAGACUUUGGGAGGAUGACUUAGUGUGAAAAGCUGGAUGAGCUUAUUUUAUGGUAAACUUUUACAUAUAGAUCUAGGGGAGUUGAAGGCUUGGGGAAGGCCGGUUAAUUGCAUCGUUAAGAAGUGCAAUAUGCCGUUCCACUUCGUCCGAGGCCGGAAACUGCGCCGGAUUUAAAAUUGCAUCAUCUGUAAUACUUAUUUUCAAGACGGACUCCCAGACUCCUUCAUAAACGCGUUAACUCCUGAAGAUCCCCUCGUUUCUAUUAUGUCUGGCAAAUAUUGCCAUGACUGCUGGCCGUAAAAUCUUUUUUUAUUUUUUAAAUGGUCAUAAAAGCCUGCAGAGGGUAAGAACUGAUUGACUGGGACGCCAACUGCAAAUGUGGGCAUCCAACGUCCAUGCCAUCCUCCCUUGCCUCAGUGAACGGGGUUGCACUUUUGUGCUCAGAAUGCAAAAGAACGAAGCUGAUGAGAACACAAUCUACAUUUUAUAUCGGUUGUUUGCUAUUGUGGUAGGACCCUCAUGCACGCCUGGGGUUAGGAGUUAAGGCUAAGGUAAGGGACCAGAGUUAAUGUUAAGAAUUAGUGGUUAAGGUUGGAUGUUAGGGUUAGAGUUAGAAGUAGGGCUGGUGUUGCAGUCUAGGUUUAGUAAUUACUAUUGUAGUUCGCAUAAAAGUUCAGGCAAUGUUUUUUUGGAUUUAUUACUUAGCAUUGGUGUUUGAGUUAGGUUUUCUGCCUCGAUUUACGAAUUAGCUACUAGAUUUAUGGCUACGACUAAUAAUUAGGCUUAUGAGCAGGAAUAAACCUUUAGUUCAUUUUUAGGAGUUGGCGAGUUCGUGAUAGAUUUGCAGUUUAACUUCCGGCCUUGAAUUAUGUAUUGGCGCUCACUAUUGCAGUUACACUUAGGCUUUCGGAUUAGGAUGAGCGGGUUUGUAGUUAUCGUUAGGGAAGCGGACAAGAGUCAGGUUUACAUCUAGACUUAAUGCUUGCACUGGCCAGUAUUUGGUGCACGGCUAGGGUUCAGACCUACAUUAGGGGUUAGUAGAUAAUAUUGUUGUUGGGUUUGUGCAUUUGCCUUGUAGUGGGGAUGGGUGGUUAAACCUGUCGGUCUCCUGAUUGGGAUUGGGCGCUAGCCUGUACCCUUACGGUCCACCGUGUGCUCCACAGCAAGAUGAAGCAGACACGGUGACUGGCGCCUGGAUUAGUUCAUGGUGAGAAUAGACUUGUGCAGCAUCUACCGCACUCUCUCCCCCCGCCAGCAUCCGGUGUCAAUAUAUAAUCAGGAAGACCGAAAGCUGGAGAGGGCACAGGUGGCUGGUCCAGCCAAGCCCGCACCUAGGCGUACCACCCCUCACCACCUGGUCCACAACAAACACUUGAGCAGAAUUUUAACCAACAACAAAACAAAAGGGUCAGAAAGACGAGGAUGACUGGGUAGUCCUGCACACAUGCAAUCCACGGCUAGGAUUUUCACUGACGGCCACAUAGCGACCAAUAAGCAAUAAGCUAGUUUUGAAGUCAAAUCAUACCGAUGGACGCUUACAGUGUUAAAAACAAACUGCUUCUUAAAUAAAUAUGAUGGCUGUAUGCUCACUUAACGAUAGCUGUUAAUUUCAAAGAAACAGGGAAAUCGGGCGCGUUUCUGGAAGGACAAUCUGAUAAACCUUGUGAAGUCGACCAAAAGCGUUCUUACAAGAAACCGGCUUAGAUCAAAAAAAUACUUGGUCGAAUGAAAAGAAUACGCUUCGUAAAAGUUAGAAUGGGGAAAGUAAGCACACCCUCCCCCCAAAAAGGCAAUCACCAGAACAGCCUAGAUAUAACAAAUAAGGGAGAUUGUUGGAGAAAAGGUGUUGUAAAGGACACUCGAUCGUUAGAACACUGAUUUUAACAGCCUGGUGUUUCGGAUUCACACUCGAGCACCUCAUCUGAGACAGCAACCGAUAGGCAUAGUAGGCGUAUAGAGGUUCCCGGUAUUUAUGGAAAAAAAUCGCUCUGCAACAACACACCUAUCAAAAUUAGCCCCUCUCAGUCACUUCAGACAGUUGUACUUGGGGCAGACUCCCAGAUCUGUCGCAUCCAUGAUGCCAGUUGUCACGAUUGCGUCACCGGCGUUGACGACUGGGGCAAUCAUCUAUCUACACUGGGAAAACUGAUCAUUUUGCAGGAAAAAGAGUUUGCCCACACGUCUCCCCGUGAUUGAAUGAUCUACACAGACAAAUUAUCAGCACUUGAUUUGGAGGAGUGGCAACCAUGAGUCAAACAACUCCUAACUCACGCGGUUACCUCCCGCGAUAAUUUUGGUUUAAUUGAACUGGAGGAUGUGGCCAGGUCACGCCCAAUGAAUUGCAACUUGAGAGUUAGAAUCUCUCCUCAUCACAGGUACUUCACAUUCUAUCAUCAGCAUCUUGAGCAAUUCCCCUGUUGCCCCGACAUAGUUGUCUUGCGUGAAAGCGCAUAAGAUCCGGUAAACAACUGCGAACAUUCUCUGCAGUGCCAGUUGGCAUUUCUGUCUUACCACUUAGAGAAUGAUGGUUACCUCCGAUCUUUUGGCAAACUCGAUAGCAAGUGGGGUGAGAAGGCGGCUGACCGCGCCUAAUACGUUUUCGAUGUACAGAAGCAAUUAAGAACACCUGGGACCGAUGCGUUUUGCAUGCUUGUUCGGAUAGGGCAAGCGAGGGUUGACGAUACGAGAGCAUUCAUUUGUUCUGCGCAACCGUCGAAGGUAGUAGAAAUCGGCAAUGUUUACUCCGCUUAACUUCAGUGUGCCUCAAUAAUCCGAUAUAGCGCCUAUAAACAAGUACUCUUGCGGCUGACCAGGUAGUUGUAGCUGGAGCUCAGUACUCGUGUCGUAUCUGUCACAUCUCAGAACACUUUAGUACCUAGGCCAACACAAGACGACAAACAAGAUGCAGGCUGUACAUCGCUAGCGGGUGAGUUUAAUCGUUCACCACAGCAAUUAAUCCUUCGUUGGCCAAAGGUAGUAAAUUCGUCGUCAGUGCACCUCGCUCGAAGUUUGCGCAUGUACCUACGAGGGUUCGCCCCCAGAUAUUCUGGAGAACUACAUUGACAAAAAACGCAGAGAUUAGUGAACACACCAGCUGCCAUCGGAGAUGAGGAAUAGCAGGCGGCAGUGCCCCACAACCUCUGAUAUAUUGAACUGCUACCGAGGUGGCGUUCGAUGAAUUCCAGAUUUCCCAAAGAAGCCCUGUAGACCGAGAACUUAAUAAAUGCCUUCUACCGUCUUCGAUCACAAAGCGAGACAUGAUUUUUGUGCUGAGGGCCUUAAUUGUGCUGAGCUGUCAUAGUUUUGCGACACCGCGGAGUCCUAGACAUGACGAUUCGGGCGCGGAUGAGAGGUAAUCUUACAGACGUGUGCGAACAAAACCAUGGUCUCCCGUGGGCGUUACCAGCUUCAACACCACGCAUCGUUCAGCGUUCGAAUUUUCAACGCUGUCGUAUCAAGAGUCAAGCCCAAAGCUCCAAAGAAGGUGACUGAAGAACCCCCUGGCUCAAUCUAGCCGUUCCAGACGCUGACAACAAUCGGCCUAUCGCAAUGAGGUAGUCUUACAGCCAGGUCUCACAGUCGUGAGUAGAAAGCUUCUUUAUCGUGCUGGCCAGCGCCUGAUGUUGGUGCGUAAAUGAAGACACCAGUGAUGUUUGAAAAGUGGCCCUUCAGUCGUAUGUAGGCCAGCCGGUCAUUGGCUGGUUCCCACGCAUAUAGUGGGUGGUUCGUCUGUUGCGAUCGGGUGAUUAUCACACUGUGUCUAUCAGAAGAGUCGGGUGUGAUGACACGCCUAAGGGCGUCGCCGACCGCGCCAGUCACCUGCAACCUCUCCCACCUCUCGUGGAUGCGUCGUGUAGCCAGCAGCUAGGCUAAUGCCUAGACCUCUCUUUUCUGUAGAUUACGGAUGUUGCCACAUUUUUGCCAUGUUUUAACUUCACCUUCAGUUUUGUGGCAUGGUUUCACGCUGACAAAUCAAUCCGAAAUUAUCACUUUGGAGUAUCCGUGUGAAUGCCGGCAACUCGAAAUUGCUGCAACUAUAUUUUAGAGUGUUUCAUUCGUAAGAACUUUUCUGUAGGAUUAGUGCAGCUGUUUGUUCGAGGAAUGGGCGGUUUUUGUCAUGGCAAUGACUAAAUGCGCAUGUCGCUAACUAAUGCAACUCCGUAUCUUUGUGCACUAAGUAUAUAUGUUUACGUCUUUAGUUUGAAUAUCCCGUUGGCUGGGCAAAUGUCAAUCUAUUUGAUCACAAUGGAUUUUUGGUGACCGGAAAACGCACCUUGCGUCUGUGGCCUGUGGCCUUUCUUUCGCCAGACGCCGCUUCACAUCAAAUUAACGUUUCGGGUACGGUUGUGGAGAACCCUGAUCCCGAAAUCCUUCUACAGGUAGUAAUUUUAUGCUUUUCUGCAAUCGAUUUCCAUUAGCGUGCGCUUAUUGAGCCGAUUAUCUUGACCUCCCCAUCUCCAUCCUCCAGAUAGAAUUUCUUAACCCCUGCCCAGACCGUGCUGUAAGAUUCCCCCUGGACAAGGUCAAACAGGCAGUGACGGGGGAUUUGUUGGAUUCUUCGACAGCGACCCUGGCGCUCCAUCGAGUGCCCUCGAUAUCCACGCGAAAGUUGGAAGCCCUCCGCAGUGAUGCGGCUACUGCGGACACUCUACUUUCUAUGACUGGAGACCAGGCUGACGAAUUGGCCCUCAUUCGCGACCUCCUUGCUCGUGAUCCCUUUUACGAGCUCUCCGAACAGGACAAAGCGGUGCUUUGGCGAAAUCGGGAGGCCUGUCGGCGACAUUAUCCGGGUGCCCUGCCCUGGCUGGUGCAAGCAGUACCCUGGGAGCGGCACGAGAUGGUGGCGGACUUCUAUCGUCUCCUUGGUGCCUGGCCGCGACCACUACCGGUAGAAGUCUCGUUGGCUUUGCUCGGCGUUGCUGGUCUUACCACGGCCUCCGGCGGUGAAAACAGUGUGGGCAAUACGGGCGUGGCUGACCCUCUGGUGCGUGAUGUGGCUGUCCAGGGUCUUCAGGCCGGACUGGCGAAUGCGAAUCUCGCAGACUACUUGCUCCAGUUAGUCCAGGUUAGUUCGACCAGGAACCCAUCCUUUUUUUAGAGAACUUCCUCUUACCUUUUGUUAGUCCUCAGCGUUUCUGUGCCCUCGCCUUCUUUCCUCGCCGUUCCGUUUAUUGUCUAUAAAAAUGGGGUGGACACCAACACUGACUAAAAUUGUAACCAUGUACAUGUCGUCGAACGCCACACUUUUAGCACAUACUUGUCGCCCCCUACCAGUUCAUUCCUCGCUCAUUCAGGUCUGACAACAUCAAAUAGGUUAAAUCCGGCGUGCAAAUCAGAAUAUUCCCAUUCACAGUCGGCAAGACGUCCGCUCGGUGACUGGUAUCAGGGCAUUUGACUUGAAAUCCCCUACAAUCGAUACUGUUUCGGGUUACAGCCGCAUUUCACCGCCACCUAUGGCUGGAGUAUCACUGGCUGGGUGUCGAGUUGCGAUGAUACACAGCUCGAAGAUUCCCAAAUCAGGUGUCAAGGAAGACCUAAUUGGUUCGAAAAACUGCACUCAGCUCAGCAGGUAGCUGAAACAAUCGAAUGACGGGAGGCGUUGGGCGGACUUAAGACGGCAUGGAUGCGCAGCCGCGCUGGCAGAGGCAAGGACAGACUGGCAAAUGGAUGUUUCCAAUAAACCCAACCUAUUAAUUCUAGUGUCUCUAGUCCUCUUCAACGGUCCUUAGCAAGCCGAUAUUUUGCGAACAUAGCCCCCGCCACGAGCAAAUGAUGCUCAAUAUAUGCACACUGCUUAUGCUCCAAAUCACGAGAGUACACAAGCCCAAGAUCAUCCUACCACACACUAAAUCAACUUUCUGAGACAAAAUGAAAUCAUUGGAAAGGGAAGUGCUUACCCGAUCGAGGGAAUUGUUUGGCUGACGUUUCAGAGAGCUUGACCGGCUCUCCAUUAUCAGCGUGUUUGGUGCAAAAGUCGACCAGAGUUUUUAAUAUGCAGCUGAAUAAGUUGGCCUUGGGCUGAUCGAUUUUUUCUUCUUUCGCUGCUUUGGCCUACUGGCCGUCGUUUUUGAGUGUUGGUGGCCUCCUGUGUUGUGUCGUCACCUCAAUUAGGGUCAGCUGCGUUUGUGUCCCUCUUUUGGAUGAAUAAGUUGACGGGCCGUGUUUGUUCGGUAUUCUUAAGCUCCGUAUGACUGUCUUCUCCUCGUCAUGGCGUAUGUAGUGACGUAGGACUUUAUAGGCCGCAGGAAGGUCUAAAUGCCUGUUGAUAGAGUUGGCAUCCGAGUACCAAGGCGUUCUGUCCUUGAGGUGUUCCGGCCUAAGACGGCUGCUCCUUGAAAGUCAAAACUGUGGCCAGUUUCUCUGAUGAGUCGCAAGCUGUAAGUUUGGUUCUAGUCUCCGAGUUGCCAGUUUGUGCUCAUGCAGGCGGGUCUGCAAUUUCCGUCCGGUUUCCCCAACGUAGUUGCAGUUUCCAUCGUUACAACGUAUUUGAUAAACAACUGCUAAGGUUUCAGUGGGUGGCAGUAUGUCUUUGGGUUGCAUCGAACGGCGACGAAUUGUUUCCUGGGGUCGAUAGACAAGGCCUACCCUGGUGGGUUGUAACAGUCGUGAAACCGUCUCGGAGACUCCUUUAACUUAAAGAAUAUCCCUCCAGACUUCGGGUUGUUCUUCUUGUGGCAGUCGUCUGUUGAUUCGGCGCUUGCUUUGCUUGAUGAAGUAGCUUGGGCAUCCAUUGGCUCGAAAGAGGUCAUGCAGAUAUUGUCGUUCAACUCUUGUCGUUCAAGGAACUGAUUAGCAGAAGCCCUUGUUGUUGGCGAACCUUCUGCCAGGGACUUAAGACCAGCAAACAUCCAUUUUGCCAAACCGUAUGUAGGAGUGCCACGUCAGCCAAACAGUUCCCUCGAUCUGGUGAGCGCUUCCCUUUCCUCAGAUUAUCCACCCGGAUCUCUUACGUUUGUUAACCGGAGAGAAUGAAAGCAUUUUGGAAGGUUGUCGGCCAGAUACAACCGCCCCGCUGGGAAAAACUACUAUGAAAGUGCCAUAAUAAAAGAGCGUAUAUUUGUGUUCUGGCGUUUCUAACGACAAUUUCGGCUAUCCAUCUUCAGAAACCGCAGAAUUAUAUGCACGGAUCAUAUUAUCCGAAAUAUGGGUUACGUGUUAACCGCGUCUGGAGCGUAUGCCGCCAAUGCCGACGACGAUUUCGAAACUAACUCCAGUUUCGCUGUGGUCUGCGUCGCGCCCUUCCUCAUUGAUCGUAGCGCUAACAGGAGGUCCGCCGGCCAAGUAGGUUUACAGGGAGGCUUGUGUGGCCGUAAACCCAGUGGCCGAUGGACACCCAGGGUUCUUGUAUUCGCCUUGAUAUAUGAUCCUCAUCUAGGUCCACAACUUCAGUGGUGCCAAAUUUGAAGAUAUGUCUCGUCUGCGCCGUGUGGGUUGCCGGCUUUGACUUCCAGUCUAGCCUUCUAGAAAAUAACUUGUGUUCAUGCACUUGCUUUUGCGACUAUCACCUUCCGGCUGUCAAAUCUCUUCUCACCCUCCAUCCAUCCGGGUGUCAAAUCUCUUCUCGCCCUACAUCGUUGUAGCUCGCCAGACACUUCUGAUGACAGUUCGACCGUCGAUUUCAACUGUGUCCACAGUGUGCUCCGAAGCAGGGUUGGCGCAGCGACGGUGAUUUGUGCGUGAUUUAGUUUUUAAUAAAAGUAGACUUGCGUAGCAUCUGCCGCACUAUCUCCUCCCCCGCCUGAACCCGAUGUCAAGAUAUAGUCGAGAAGAAUGGAGGUGGGAGAGGUUGCAGGUGACUGGCGCGGUCGGCGACGCCCUUAGGCGUGUCAUCACACCCGACUCUUCUGAUAGACACAGUGUGAUAAUCACCCGAUCGCAACAGACGAACCACCCACUAUAUGCGUGGGAACCAGCCAAUGACCGGCUGGCCUACAUACGACUGAAGGGCCACUUUUCAAACAUCACUGGUGUCUUCAUUUACGCACCAACAUCAGGCGCUGGCCAGCACGAUAAAGAAGCUUUCUACUCACGACUGUGAGACCUGGCUGUAAGACUACCUCAUUGCGAUAGGCCGAUUGUUGUCAGCGUCUGGAACGGCUAGAUUGAGCCAGGGGGUUCUUCAGUCACCUUCUUUGGAGCUUUGGGCUUGACUCUUGAUACGACAGCGUUGAAAAUUCGAACGCUGAACGAUGCGUGGUGUUGAAGCUGGUAACGCCCACGGGAGACCAUGGUUUUGUUCGCACACGUCUGUAAGAUUACCUCUCAUCCGCGCCCGAAUCGUCAUGUCUAGGACUCCGCGGUGUCGCAAAACUAUGACAGCUCAGCACAAUUAAGGCCCUCAGCACAAAAAUCAUGUCUCGCUUUGUGAUCGAAGACGGUAGAAGGCAUUUAUUAAGUUCUCGGUCUACAGGGCUUCUUUGGGAAAUCUGGAAUUCAUCGAACGCCACCUCGGUAGCAGUUCAAUAUAUCAGAGGUUGUGGGGCACUGCCGCCUGCUAUUCCUCAUCUCCGAUGGCAGCUGGUGUGUUCACUAAUCUCUGCGUUUUUUGUCAAUGUAGUUCUCCAGAAUAUCUGGGGGCGAACCCUCGUAGGUACAUGCGCAAACUUCGAGCGAGGUGCACUGACGACGAAUUUACUACCUUUGGCCAACGAAGGAUUAAUUGCUGUGGUGAACGAUUAAACUCACCCGCUAGCGAUGUACAGCCUGCAUCUUGUUUGUCGUCUUGUGUUGGCCUAGGUACUAAAGUGUUCUGAGAUGUGACAGAUACGACACGAGUACUGAGCUCCAGCUACAACUACCUGGUCAGCCGCAAGAGUACUUGUUUAUAGGCGCUAUAUCGGAUUAUUGAGGCACACUGAAGUUAAGCGGAGUAAACAUUGCCGAUUUCUACUACCUUCGACGGUUGCGCAGAACAAAUGAAUGCUCUCGUAUCGUCAACCCUCGCUUGCCCUAUCCGAACAAGCAUGCAAAACGCAUCGGUCCCAGGUGUUCUUAAUUGCUUCUGUACAUCGAAAACGUAUUAGGCGCGGUCAGCCGCCUUCUCACCCCACUUGCUAUCGAGUUUGCCAAAAGAUCGGAGGUAACCAUCAUUCUCUAAGUGGUAAGACAGAAAUGCCAACUGGCACUGCAGAGAAUGUUCGCAGUUGUUUACCGGAUCUUAUGCGCUUUCACGCAAGACAACUAUGUCGGGGCAACAGGGGAAUUGCUCAAGAUGCUGAUGAUAGAAUGUGAAGUACCUGUGAUGAGGAGAGAUUCUAACUCUCAAGUUGCAAUUCAUUGGGCGUGACCUGGCCACAUCCUCCAGUUCAAUUAAACCAAAAUUAUCGCGGGAGGUAACCGCGUGAGUUAGGAGUUGUUUGACUCAUGGUUGCCACUCCUCCAAAUCAAGUGCUGAUAAUUUGUCUGGGCAGAGGACUUAGUCACACAGGGAUUUGGGGGGUCUGGCUCGGAUAACCACCUGUGCCUUUUCCCGCCUCCGGUCCUCUUGACUCUGUCUUGUUACCUUGUCCAGGCGGAGGAGGCAAGAGUGCUGUAGAUGCCGUGCAAGUGAAUUCUCACUAUGAACUAACUGAGGCACAAGUUAUCCUGUCUGUUUCAUUUUGCUGUUGAACACACGGUGGACAUCGCCGGGCACGACUGUCUAUCUGUGGUAGCCGUGGCUUCAUAGCAAAAGUAGACACUUGUUUUUUACCGCUUGGCAGAAUCAGACAGGUCGGCGCCACUCCCAUGCAAUUUCAUGUGGCCGCUUUCUGUACAUUUUGUGUCCGGUGGAGGCCCAGCGUUACUUAAGCUUUAGUCUUUUGACCUUUCCUUAGUGGUAUCAUAAUGGUCACAUUAAACGGGGUCUACUAUGAUCUGAUCUUUAGUUCUGAUUUCCGUUUCCUGUCAGCUGACAAUCUUCCAAGCCCCGAUUACCAUCACUUUGUUGUGCCUCAAAGGUGCGUUUGAUUGUUUGCUGAUGGGUUGCUGUCCUCUGGUUUCGGGAUUAGUGAUCUGUGCGUCCCCUCUGAGAUACCGGCGGCUUGUCCCCAGUGAUUGUUUCAUGCGCCUAAAUUUUAUUAUGGUGGAAUGAAUAAAUUUGUAUUUGAUGGGGCGACAUAAAUGUCGCUGUCGCUCCCAGCGCAAUGCAACAAUCGCGUUUCCGAACCUUUUGUCCAUCUCUUGAUGAGGUAGGGACAGUGGCCGGCCUACCAUGAACCUUUAAGUCGUCCAUAUCCCUCUUAAGCACGGCAAUAUUUACGGGCUCGGUGCUGCGCGACUAAUGCACUCCAUGAGUUGACUUGGGCUCAUUCUGGUCCAACUCAGCAACGAAUCCGUCUCUUUGGGGGACGAGCCCUAUUAUUCAUUUUCUCGGGGACAUCAAUAAAAAACAAAUUCAGAUAUUUGUCGUCAACCGGCUACGUUGGUCCUUCGAGGGUUUGAUGACACUGAUUUUGGAUAACAUUUAGGUUUACGCGAUAAUACGGGCAACCUAGAAUCCCCUAAAUAAUUACCACUACCAAUUCCUCAUUAAUUACCUCAAACUCACUUGGCUAUUUCUUUCCGAGGCUGCAUUUGCCUACACUAAGCGUACAUGAAUAAUUAAGCAGUAGGUCUUGACUAGCGUCGGACGGAUUUCACACCAUGUAUUAUCUUUAUUUUCAUAUACGCUUAGGUGCUGCGGACCGAGGCCUACAUGACCAAUUCUCUCACUUGUUUCCUCCUUCAACGUGCUCUGCUCUGCCCAACACUUAUUGGACUCCGCCUCUGCUGGCAUCUGCGUGCUCAAAUUCACAACGCGGACACCCGGCUGCGCUUCGGUCUUCUCCUGGAUGCCUUCUGUCGCGGUUGUGGUCUGUUUGUAAACCUCGUGAACGAUCAGGUCGUUGCUCUGCAUCGUCUCACAGCUCUCGGGGUCUCCGUGAAGGUGUGCACACUACCGAUCACGCGCGAAAGCACACACAUAUCUGCUGCUUUUUGCAUUUAGCAUGGAUUCCAUCUCUAUCAUAAGUAUUGUAUUGUUUAGUAUGCUUUUACUAAGGGUUCGUCGCUUACAGAACACAAUCAGGGCGUUCUAAGUCUACUUCCAUAUUACUUUCCCUCUUCUUCCCGUCGACGGCGAAACCAAAACGGUCCUAAUGGUCUUUUUGGAUUUCAGAUCCCUAGUGGGCGAGAUGCCCCAGGGCUCCUCAACUGACGUUAAAUUUCUGUCCUCACCCAUGCAAUAGACGUUCUCUUUUCGGAAACUUCGACGUUGCUAAGCUGUGUGCCAGGCUGCGGAUAAUACACUGCGAUCAAUAAAAGCAAAAUUCCGUGUGUCAAGGUGGUUCUACGCGGGCAUCUGUGAGACCGGAUCCCAAAGCCUGAUUCCAAGGGCGCCUGCCAGUCGCUCGUUUUGAUCCCCUCACACUGCUUGCUAUCCUCCUACGAAAGUUGCGUCACAGUGUUUAGACUAGUAGCGUGACGCCGCUUUGACCUCGACUGAACGCGUGAACAGCUACUGUUGUAAGGAGCGGUUCAGUGAAGUACUCUCCAGGCCAGCCGCACAAUAAGCCCGCUGCUAAAAUUCCAACUAUACCACCGAUUGUAAGAAACCGCUGACGGACGCGUAUAGGCCGUUUAGCCAGUGACUAUCGGCACCGUGUCGUGCGACAGUAGCAACGCAAUAUGUGACAGACAGAAGACAGAUUGAUAUGUCAAAUUUUGGAGUUGGUAUCAGGGAUCCAGUUCUGAAGUAGCUGCUAAAAUGUCGUGUUGCUGGACCAUCCCACCGUCUUCUUGCACACGAAGUCAAGAUUAUGGUUUGUCUCCAGUGUGGACAGAAACUUGAGGCAGCUGGUUCAUCGUACCACCUGUUUAUGCUCGUGUGCAUAUUGUUACCUGGAUCACCAACCUACACUCGCCGCAUCCGCCUCCGCUGUCCACAUUUCGCUCGCACAUUUAUUCACCGCAUGGGUCUAUUAGGUCACAUGCGCGUCCGCGAAAACCUGCAGUAGACAACCGCCGGCUUCACCACACCAUCACAUCCUUCCUUUAAAGCACCUCACCGCACAUCAGCAUCACUCACCUCAAGCACCUAACUACCACAUCACACGCAAGUGAAAAGUGUGCGUCUCGGCUCCUCCAUGCGGCUCCCCAGCUGCAUGUGUGAUCGGAGUCUGAGACGAAGACGGUGCGUCGAGCGCCGUGCCUCGGAAGGCGACCGACUGACGCCCCAACUAAGUCCACGCAGUCUGCCCCGUUGUGUGGAGUGGCGGACUGGUGGGCUGAGAGCCAGGCUGUCACGGCCUCUUCUCAAGCCAUCUGUGACACUUAUGUAUGUGAGGAAUGCGUGUGCUUUAUGGGUAGUGCCUCUCAGUCGACGACUGUUUGGUUACCCAACCUUGGAGAGUGAGGACCCAGGCUAAAUGCAGGAACGGGUGUCGCCCUUCUAGAUCAAAAGAACUGACAGCGUGUGCUAUGCCAGUAUCCGCAAGCCAUGGCCCUCGCAGCCCGAUAUGCGCUGGCAGUUCCCUGACACCUGCUUCCCUGCCGAUAGAUGCGCUUUCGCUCCCCCUGAGUAUGCAGGUGGUGGGCAUGGCUCCUUAGUCAUCGUCGUCCUUCUGACCCCUGUUGGAGAGUUGUUGAUCAGGUUUAUGUUGUGGACCACGGGGUGUGGUGGCACGCCUAAGUGCGGGUCCGGCCGUGCCAGCCACCUGCGCCCUCCGCCGCCUCCGGUUUUCUUAGCUCUGUCUUGACACCGAGCCAGGCGGGGAGUGUGAGUGCGCUAGAUGCUGCGCAAGUCUACACUCACUAUAAACUAAUUCACGCACAAGUUACCGUGCCUGUCGCGCCUUGGUGUGUAGCACACGGUGGACAUCGUCGGAGUCGACGGUCGAACUGUCACCUGGCUCGCGCAAGCGCAGGGGCAUUUGCGGUACGAAGUCUAAUUUAUGUGACUAAAUUGCCCCCUUGCAUUUAAUUGGCCUUUAAUUCACAUGACUGCAGCGGCAGUGUCAAAGCCUUGGUCACCUCUUUGCAGUGUCUCCAACAAAGUACUCCCGUACGGACUUGCAAGCCCUGAUAUGUACACUGGUAGUUCCCGUUUUGUUUUCCACCACCCAGCAAAAUGCAGUCACUAAAGGAUUCAAGAAGUCCACCGUCAUAUAUCCUGCCCAUCGGUUCUCAAGAUUAUUGUUUUGCUUGUGCAGACGAUUUCAAUGUCCGGUCACUGUUGUUACUCCAAUUUUUAGCGGCAGUCCGGGUGUCGGCCCUUUUCUAAGAAAGGGCGUUUUCCGAACCGGGGUGUAUUUGUGACCUGGCGUUCUGAGUAGCUGCCAAGCCUUCGUGACUGAACUGUACAUAGCUCGCUUUAUAAGGCAGACGGAUCGCUGUGUCCAACGUAAAUUGCCAAUGUCGGCUGCAGUUGCGUCAUGGGCCCCCGAUCAGCCCUUAUCGGCGCAACCCUAUAUUCACUUUCUGUCAUGAUGACUGUCGGGCUGGGCAUUUGGACGCCUUGUGUACCAUCGGGUUUCGUCUCUUAUCAGGUGGCGGAGCAAAACUUUACACUCCUUACCUUAGCCCAGCUAAUCUACUGCAUCAUGGUUUAACUCGUACAUCAUUUGGGCAAUGUAGGUAGCGACCUUUGACUUUAGAUCUAACUAACGCUUCCUCAUCCACAUUUCGGCUGUUUUCUCUAAACUAAUUUCGCAAAAACAUGGACAGGACAAUACUCAGAUUUCUGUACUUUUACUCCGCUAAGCCAGAAACUAAGCUUGGUCCGCUGCCUCACCAAACGAACUAAGAGGAUAUGCACUCCAGAUAGGCUUGAGAAUGAACUUGCCAUUAUACAAAACACUGAGAGAAAACGGCUACCCUGAAAAGUUUAUCAACAAACAUGGAGGAAUGCCCUCCUAAAUCUGAUGUCUCGACGACUGAGAAGGAAUUAUUUCUCACCCAUUUUAAGGGGAUCCGGCAAGCAAACUCCUACAUCGUCGCUUAAACGCUGCUAUCACGCUCACGUACCCAACCGCUAAGAUAAGACUGGCUUUCACAAGCACUCCGCAUCUUCGCCUUGAUGGUAAGGAUAGUGUGCCUUUUCAGACCUCCUCAGUGUGCAUCUACGCGCUCACUUGCUCCUAUGGGGCAGGUUAUAUUGUUUGGACAGCUAGGCGUCUUCUGUCUAGGCGGAUGCGAAAGCACCAUCCUGCCUGGCUAAAUCAAGGUGGGAAAAAGUUCACCUCUAGCGCAAUUGUGGCUGACUUGGGUGACAGCGGCCACCGAGUAGACGUCAGCCAGGCAUUUCGAGCCAUCGAUAAAGUGCCGGCAAAACACUUCAAGUUCCUUCCUCAGCGAAUACUUGCGACGGCUAAGGUAGUGGCCAUACGGUUGGCUAACCCGACCUUGUGUUUGCAUAAAACGCAUGUACAAGCGCUAAGGCUCUUCCUGGGUAAAGCCAAACCCAGCAUAUCUGUCCACACCCGCCACGUCGCGUUACAGCGCUGAGACGGGGACAGCUAAUUGUCAGACGCCUUCCCCCUUCCCCUCCCUAAGCUCCUGACAGAACUAGAGUCUGGACCCAUUACCCCUGGACACCCCUCAACCCUCUCCCCCAUACUGACUGUUAUUGGUUGUUUCGCUUUUGCUACUCUACCCUCUCUUAUGUUACUGUCCAGGCCUGAUGAUGAAUAAUCGAAAACGCACUUUUCCCGGACUUGACUUCUUAAAUGUGUACGUGGGUAUCGUCAUUGAAUUUAAACUAAUUUCAUCCUCAAAAACUGCGUUAUGGCGGGUAAAUGGCGGCUUAUCUCUCGCCUUUAUCUGCGUGGGUCGCCCUGAUCAUGUGGAGCGCAUUGGAGAGAGGAGUUUAGUUGAAUGGUUACAAAAACAGUUGAUAUACACCUUGAAUUGUUGUUACGCUUUUGAUUCCCAGAACCUAAUAUCCAGUGCAAAGACGCCUGCUGUCCUUCUUCGUGAGUGUGUGAGCGAUCACGUCGUCAGAUCGGGCAUUUGCGCACUAUGUAAUAAUUGUCCGUAUACAUAUAUGCCUUUUAUUUCACUUACUUCAAUUACUGCAUCUUUGGUACGGCAGAAGCUUACUGAUGAGGAGGAACAACGCGCAUGGUUUAAAUCCGAACUCGCCAAAGCGGAGGUUCGGCGCGACCUUGAGAAGAUAACUUCGCCACUCUGUUUCAGUGUAAAACUUGGCUCCAUUAUUGACCACCAGUGCACCGUGAAGCGCUCCAAAAAGCGCCCACUGUGGAUCGUCUGGACCAAUCCGGACAUCCUGGGUGCCCAUCAUCACAAAAAACAUCAGCUGUUGUUCAAGCACGGCGAUGACCUGCGUCAGGACAUGUUAACUUUGCAGUUGCUGAAGGUUAGUGUUAUCCUGUCGCCCCAUUCAUUUCAAACUCCACUUGGGAAUUGUUACCAUCGGCUAAAGUUUAUCUCCCCAUAUUUCCGUCUUUAUACGCAUUUGAUAUUUUAGUGAAUUCUGCCCUUUUGUCCGACUUUGAAAUGGACACAGCAGCUGGCUAUUGAAAGUCCGGGUUGGAACUGGGGAGCCAGUACGCGUGCGGCGUACGGAAGACGAGACAAAACGCCUAGUCAGUCGCUGUACCCAGUCUCACCUCCAGUGGGCUUCACUCAGUCGUGUCUCGAAAACUCACAGGCAGUGCAGAAGGAGAAACCCUGAACAACCUUUCCUGACUGACAAAUCUGAAGGAACAAGGCACCUUAGUAUUAGCUGAAAAGAAAAUAACUAAUAGACCGAAAGGUCGGCUACUAAGGCCGAUAGGCAGGUUACGAUGAUUCCCCAACGUGGCUUUUAUACGGUGGAUGAGUAAAAUCAUCUUUAUCUUCUCCCCGGCGAAUUGUUCCCGUUUUUGCGGUUUUUUGCUUUAGUAACUGUGUUUUACAACAUUGUUCUUGGGCGAACUGCGUUGGUCUAGGCAAGACUAACAUGGAAUUAGGUUGACAUCUAGAGUUAAAUCUAAAGUUUGUGUUAGGGUUAAGGUCUCGUGCUUUGGGUUAGAGUUAGGUGAUUACUGCUAGGGUUGAGGCUGAAAAGAGAUUUAUUUUAAGCUCAGCCCUAGCCAUAAUCCCAGUACUACCACCUCACUAUCUUUAACCCAGCUCACCUGACCCUAGGGCUCGUCGCAAGCCCAACCACAACCCCCUUCCGUUAAUCUAGCCUAAACCAAAGGAUUACGCUAUCCCUGAAAGUUACAAAUCUCAACUACUAGAGCUAAAACAAGUAGACAGAAGCAAGUGUAACAAUUCAUGAGGGUUGCGAAAGCUGCUUUUCUUCCUGUACAUCGAAAUAGAUCCCGACGACCCCACUUGAUUGCAGGACAGAAUACUCUGGCUCAUGGACCAGGACCCUUGGAGGCGGUAACAUUUGCCAGUCCGUCGAUUUCCUAGAGUUCGGUUUGUCGGAAUGGGAGGAAAACAUGGAACUCUCACUCCUGGCUUAUUCGCCUUUACCAAAGCUAAUCAUGGUGGAUGAGACUUCUGGGAGCACGUGUUCUAAAUCUUUGUCAGUAUUUCUUACAUUGUCGGUUUUUGACGUGUUUUACUUGUUUAUUUCAGUUAAGCAUUGUGAGUAUGGGAUCAAAUCCCGACUGCUAGUACUUUUUUAAUAUCACAUCUCGAACAAAAAGAGCAUAAAUGGCUGUUGUACGACUAUUAUUGAUCAUCGGCACAUGGGUCAAGUCCUUUGUCGCAAGUACUUUACUUCCCUUUGUCCGUUACCUGGGGGUUUAACAAGUUGGAUUUCACAGUCAGAGGACAUUAAUUAAAACCUAUUAGCUAUUUGCAAUUUGACUCGCUUCCUCGAGAGUAUAAGUAACUGGGAGUUGUGCUUACCAGUACUGUAAUGGACAUGUUCAGCACUGCUGUCAUCUGUCUCAGCCCCACUUAUGUCCCCCUUUUUCAUAGGUGAUGGACCGAAUAUGGAAAGAUGAGGGACUGAAUCUUCACCUGACUACCUAUGGUUGUCUGGCUACCGGUGACGAGGUGGGCCUCAUCGAAGUGGUUCGCAACUCUCAAACGAUCAUGUCUAUCCAGGGCCAACGCGUGCGCUCCGCAAUGCAGAUCGAUUCCAGCCAGCUUCAUCGUUGGUUUCUGCAGAAUGCUCAGGGCGACGGGGUAGCUUACGAGGCGGCUGUUGAGCGUUUCACCAACAGCUGCGCCGGAUACUGCGUUGCCACCUUCGUACUGGGUAUUCGUGAUCGUCACAACGAUAACAUCAUGGUGGACGCCAACGGCCGUCUAUUCCACAUCGACUUCGGACACAUCCUCAACAAUAAGAAAAAGAAGUUUGGCAUCACUAGGGAACGAGUGCCCUUCGUGCUGACCAGCGAUUUUGCCUGCGUCAUCGCCCGGGGAGAGGAGAAACCCUACCGCAGUCAAGGCUUCAUUGAGUUCAUUAAACUCUGUGGCAAUGCCUACCUCGUGCUGCGUCGCCAUGCACACCUCAUACUCACUCUAUUUGCUAUGAUGCUGCCUUCGGGUUUACCAGAAUUGACUUGUGUGACGGAUUUAGAGUAUGUGCGAAAGACCCUGGCCGUAGAGAUGACGGAAGAGGAGGCGCUUCGCUACUUUAAUGAAAAGUUUGAUGAGGCCUACAAUGGCGCCUGGACAACAAAGAUCGACUGGUUCGCACACUGGAUGAAGAGCUAA